AUGUCUGGACCAUUUGAACAAGGAUACUUACCUGAAAUAAACUUCCAAAACAAACCUGGAUUAGAGGCUAACAUGCCUUCUAAACCUGUCUACGAUAGGCUUCCAGGUGGGCCAUACAAAGCAGCUGGUAAAUUAGAAGGCAAGGUUGCAUUAGUAACAGGUGGAGAUAGUGGAAUUGGUCGCUCUACUUCCUUCUUGUACACCCUCGAGGGUGCUUCAUUAGUGUUUACAUACCUCCCACAAGAAGAGCGCGACGCUAAGGACACAAUUGCAAUCAUUAAGGAGCGCAAAAGUGAUGCCAAAGUACACGCUAUUUCUGCAGAUUUGAGGAAAGAAGAGGAGUGUAUCAGAGUUGUCGAAGAGACUGUCUCAACUUUCGGCAAGUUGGAUAUUCUUUUUAAUAACCAUGGCACACAAACUAUGAUUUAUGACAUUAAGGACAUCACUACUGAACAAUGGCAUGAUACUUUUAACACCAAUAUUCAUCCACUUUUUUACCUUUCAAAGGCAGCUUUAAAGCACAUGAAGGAGCACAGUGGUGCGACCAUAUUAAACAAUGCAUCUAUAAAUGCCUACAUUGGUAGACCGGAUUUAUUAGAUUACACAGCGACAAAAGGCGCUGUUGUUAGCUUUACGAGAGGUCUUGCCAACCAAUAUAUAAACAGGGGAAUAAGAGUGAAUGCUGUUGCGCCAGGUCCCAUUCAAGCUCCAUUAAGGGAGUCGACUAUGGAAAAACCUGCACAAGAGGGUUUCAGUACUCCUAUGGGUCGCCCUGGUGAGAGUAUUGAAAUUGCAACGGCAGCUGUUUUCCUCGUUUCGAAUGAUUCAAGCUUCAUAACAGGUCAAACUAUUCACGUCAACGGUGGCUCUUUCACCACAAGCUAA